CUACAAACUGUUGCGAUGGAAAACUUAAAGUUACAGGACAACGUGUCUUAUAUGGGGGGUAUGCAGAAACAAAGACUGUUUGCUGAUAUCGGAGUAAAAAGAAAGUCGUUCGACCACUUGGACAGAAGAGAGUCUGAGUGGUUGGAUUCAAAGCUGGACACUAUUGGUCCUAGGAGAUCCCAACUUCCCUUUUGUAAUGUUCCACUAGGGGAUAAAGUUGAACCCUCAUCAACUAUCGGCUAUCACUUGUCAACCACCAGAGGAAGAGCUUCAAGCUUUCAUGGUUAUAUCUCUGACGCUUAUCAACAAGCAGUGGCCUCUGCAAAACGCGAUCACUGGAAAAUUCUAGUUAUCAAAGCUACAAGCCACGAAAGAAUCCCACCAAAGGAAAAACAUGUAUUUCAACUAGUACAAGGCAGUCAUUGGGGUGGAAGUAUUGAGAACCGUGAGGCACCGUGCGGUUCUAUCUAUAGACAACUAGGCAAACGACUCUUAAGUGAAGAAUGGAUAGUGGUUCUGAAAUCUCUUGUCGUAUUUCAUAGAAUAUUUAGAGAAGGCAGUGACAGCUUUGCAAGUGAGGUGUCAAGGUCUUCCAGUGCCAUAUUUAACCUUCAAGGCUUCAGAGACUCUUCUCAUGGUGGUUGGAAUCACGUACCUUUUAUUCGUUGCUAUGGACGUUAUUUGGAAUCUUGGUGUAGGACGAAAGCAAAUAUUCAUUUCCCAGAAGGUCCCGUGUAUACCGAUAUUCCACAAGUAGAAUGGACUGAUGCUAAUGCAUUUGAGAAUCAUAAUGAAAGACCGUCCCAUGCCAUUCACGAACAUAUGAAAAAGACAAAGUUUCUAUAUGGACCCCAUCGCUAUAGAGAAUGUUCCAUCGAACAGCUUCUAGAAGAACUCCCUUGGUUAUUGGAGAAUCUAGAAUGUCUAGUUUCUUGUGAAAUACAAGGAAAUAUGAAGAGAUGUCCUAUUGCAUUGGCAGGAUUUUCACUUAUUUUAUCAGAUAGUUAUCGUCUUUGGAAUGUGAUUUGUGAUGCAAUGGAAAACCUUGUAGAGAGCUAUUUCUUUUUGCCGUAUGAGCAAGCAAGAGAAGCCUUAACUGUAUAUGGACACUUUUUGAAAUUGUUGAGGAAACUGAGAAAGUUUUUUGAGUCGGCAAGGAUGAUAAAUGCUCAAGUAAGUGUACCCGAAAUUAACAGGAUUCCUUCCAAUAUCGCUGGAGAAAUGGAGCGUUAUCUUAGAAAGGCAUUUCUAGGAAAGAAUAGCCACAGCACUUGUGUAAGUCGUGGUUGUUCGAGUCGAAAGAAAGUAUUGGAUAGUUAUCCUGGAAUGGAUUUGGCACCUAUUCCCAUACCUGAAGCACAAUUUGGACCAACUAGCGUACACUCUUCUUCAGGAAUAUCUAAAAGGAGAACUUCCACUGUACAACAUAUGAUAGGUAGUGAAGCAGAAGCUAAUAAUCGACAUUAUUCUGCUUCUAUUCAAGAGACACAUCCUAAGCAUAACAAUUAUUAUUAUUAUGGAGAUACAUCUACACCUGCGUCCUAUGUUGAAAGAGGAAAGGCUCAUCGAAGAAGUGUUUCUGGAAGUUUCUAUAGCAAUGGUCGACUGUCAAACAUAUCACAGACUCAGUUGCCAUCUUCUUAUAUUCCUCCAUCAGCUCCUUCUGAAAGAUCCAGUUCGACCUCUCAACGUAGUGGUUAUGGGAUUUCUUCCAUGCGAUAUCCCAAUCGCUUCUUACAUAGGCAGGAAUAUCCUCAUGUAGUGAAUUCGCCAAGUGAAUCAUCAUCAAGUAGACUUAAGAAAUCAACCAGGUCUCUAUUUACGCCAAAGCCAUCUUGGAGCGUCUAUGCUGGUCCACACGAAGAAGGAUGGAUAUACAAUCCGAGAAAAUAUUAUUAUUAUGGAGAGGAUCUCAACCUUCAUGAUAACAGAGGAUAUACUGUGAGCAGUUCUCCACAAAUGGCAGAGAGGCAUUAUCGACGUGCCUAUUCUCUGCCUUCUGCACAGUAGAAGAAGAAAAACGUUGAUUGUGCAUGUCUUUGAGUUUAUAAAAACGGUUUAUGGUAA